AUGCUCUCGGGAGUCUCUCCCAAACCAUCGGCGGUGAGGUCGCCAGAAGACCAAGAUCUCCUUGAACGGAGCACAAAGAAAACUAAGACGGGAAACCAUGAGCCCAGUGAAGGUGUAACAAAUGGUGAUCAAGUGAUGGAAAAUGGCGAGACAGUGAGCCCACCUGUGACCUCGCCGACGGCAAACAUCUUCUACAAGGCAGUGGCUGCGAACGAGACGGUGGGGCUAGAACCAACUGAAAAGGAUUUGGAACUCAUCUCUGAUGAUGAAGUGGACGGGGAGGACGAAGUGGACGACCCAAUCUAUCCAAAGAUCACCCUUACGAAAGAAGAAAAGUUCCAUAUGAGAAUAAAAUGGAGAUUAACGCUGAUCGUCAAGGUGUUUGGCCGGAGCGUGGGAUAUACCUAUCUCCUCAAAAGAUUGAUGGCCAUGUGGAAACCAAAGGCGAUAAUGGAAUUGGUUAUCACCGCUAAUGGAUACUUCCUAGUGAAGUUUGGAUCGGAAGACGAUUACGACUUUGCAAAAUACGAGGGGCCCUGGAUGGUUCUCGACCAUUACUUAAUCGUUAAAGAAUGGAGGCCAAACUUCGAUCCUUGGACAAAUACCACCGAAAAUAUCCUUGCCUGGAUUCGUAUGCCAUGCCUUCCAGCUGAAUAUUAUGAUCAUAAUUUUCUGAUGAAGGUGGGUAGGAAAGUUGGCCGCCCAAUCAUGAUAGACACAGCCAAAAACCUUGCAUCAAGGGCUAGCUUUGCUCGAAUCUGCGUGGAGGUGGACAUCACAAAGCCUCUACUGUCAAAGUUUAAGGUUGGAAAGAGAGUUAGAACGGUAACGUACGAAGGAAUCCAUCUAAUAUGUUUCAAGUGUGGAAUGUAUGGCCACAACCAUGAAAAGUGUGAGAAGAAAUCUCCAAACGAGAAUAUGGCCGCUCAGCCAGCGGAUCAGACUGAGCGUAGCCUAGGAACUCCGGCCACCGGUGACGCGAAUGGACAAAGCGCCACCCUCAACGGGUCUAGAUAUGGAGCUCUAGCAGAGACUGUUGAAGAGAAUACUGAAAUUCCUGAGGAGGUCGAAGAAGAGCAAAAUGGGCUGGUUACUACAAACAAAACCCGCCAUGCUAAAUAUAGACUUGACAAAGGCAAAAGGCCUGCAGUCCAAGUAUCAGAAAAACAAAUUCAGGGUAAUAAUACUCACGGGCUUCACUCUAAGCAGGCCAUGCAAGAUGGCACGUCGACAAGAAAAGAAAAUACUCAACGUAAGAAAGGCAAAGAAACGAACCAGGCGGCUGCCGAAAGUGAGCACACAAUGGUAAGAGGUGACAAAGAAGGUGGUAAGACCACGGAGACAAUAUCCCUUGCCACGGAAGAUGAUAACAUCAAUAUCCAUCUUGUGAAAACAAUCGACCCAGAGCAUUCCAGUGACCCCCCAGACGGGAAUCUGCAGAGCAAUGGGAACAUGGUGGUUGAUGUGGAAGCGUGUGCUGACGGCAUUGAGCUGUUGGAUGAGGGGGAAAUGGAGAUGGAGCUCUGA